AUGGCAUGGGCCAAGUUAUUCAGGAAGCCGGGGAGAAACCUGGGGAACUCUUACCAGCCGGGCAGCAUGCUGUCUCUGGCCCCCACCAAAGGACUGCUGAACGAGCCCGGCCAGAACAGCUGCUUUCUCAACAGCGCUGUGCAGGUUCUAUGGCAGCUGGACAUCUUCAGGCGCAGCUUGAGGCAGUUACCUGGACACUUUUGUCUCGGAGACUCCUGCAUAUUUUGUGCACUAAAGGGCAUCUUCUCCCAGUUCCAGCACAGCAGGGAGCGCGCACUGCCCUCGGACAACCUGCGUGUGGCUUUGGCCGAGACCUUUAAGGACGAGCACCGCUUCCAGCUGGGCUUCAUGGACGACGCUGCAGAGUGCUUUGAGAUCAUACUGGAGAGGAUCCACAUGCAUAUAGUGCCUGAGCAGGAAAACGCCUGCACUUCAAAGUCUUGCAUCACACAUCAGAAGUUUGCCAUGUCCAUUUAUGAGCAGGUUGUGUGUCACAGUUGUGGGGCCACGUCAGAUCCGCUGCCUUUCACAGAGCUCGUCCAUUACGUCUCCACCACCGCUUUAUGUCAACAGUUGCAUCGGCGUCAUGUGGAUUCGUUCGGGGAAUUGUUGCAAGCAGCGAGUACAAUGGGGGACUAUCGAAACUGUCCGAAUAACUGUGGACAGAAGAUCAAAAUCAGGCGCGUCCUCAUGAACUGCCCAGAGAUCGUCAUCAUUGGCCUCAUCUGGGAUUCGGAGCAAUCGGACCAAACUCAAGAAGUAAUCCAAUCUCUCGGACCAAUCCUCAAACUCUCCAAGCUUUUCUCCAGAGUGACGGACGAGCACGCGAAAAAGGGGGAACUGCUGCUGGUGGGCAUGAUCUGUUUCUCCAGCCGCCACUACUGUGCCUUCGCCUUCCACACCAAGUCUUCCAAGUGGGUGUUCUUCGACGACGCCACAGUGAAAGAGAUCGGCUCCAGGUGGAAAGACGUGGUCAGCAAAUGUGUGAAAGGUCACUUCCAGCCUCUACUGCUUUUUUACGCCAAUCCUGAUGGAAGUGCCAUAAUUGCAGAGAACAGCAACCACUACAAGAGCUCUGUCAACGGGGACAUACACGGACCCGAUUCACCCGUUCCCCCCGUGAAAAAGCUGGAGCUGACGAGAGAGAACUUGAACGCAUUGAACGCAUUGAGUCAAGGAGCGUCGGUCCAGAAGACUCCCUCCGCUCUGAGCCGAGUCAGUGGACACACCAGCGGACAUCACAGCAAUUACACCAGCUGUCUAAACAGCAACCAUGCCAGCGACGCGAGAGGACCAGUGAGAGCGGAGAAGCUGAGGGAGAUUACUCGAGAAGCGCCUCACGAAUUCCACGGCAUGCACACGUCCAGACGAGAGGCGGAGAGGAGCGUGCCCCGCCGACCCGAUUCUCGACACAGAGAUCCUGGUUAUGACCGGACCUACUCACGCUCGGCCUCGCCUCCUGAAAACAGCUUCAAGGUGCACAUGGAGACGAGGCUCUACGCGAGUCAAGGCAAAGGUCCCAUCCGGGCCGAGCGCUCCGCCCAACUGGGACGCGCCCCUCGUGAACCCCAACACACACAAUCACGGGUUCAAGUCUUACCUACAAGCACCAACGGCAACGGCAAUCACCAGCCAAGGGUUGACCAUCUGUCCAACGGCUACGACACAGAUUCCAGCCAGGACUCAAGAGAGCGCCCGGGCAGCCGCAGCAGGUUCGGCCGACCCUGGAAGCCCAUGCGCGAGGCUCUCAAUGUGGACAGUGUUUUGACCAGCAACAACGGGAGCCAGGAAAGACUGCAGCAUAGUCCCAGAAGGCGACCAAGUAGUCAAUCUCCAACACGCGAUCGGGAAAGAGACAGGGAUUAUAUCUGGCAAGGGCGAGACGGCAAAGACGAGCGCAAACCCAAGUCCCUCAUGACGAUAUACGAAGACGAAAUGAAACAGGAGACGGGAGGCAGCCGGAGCUCGCUGGACUCGGACAGCAGAGGCGCGCACAGCGAUAAAUCGAGGAGUUCUGCGACGCUUAAAGUACGGAAUGAAAACUGGAAAAUGCAGCGUACAGAGUCUGGCUACGAGAGCAGUGACCGGCUGAGCAACGGGUCGGCCAACCUGGACUCGCCGCCGGUGAUGGAGAAUCAUUCCCUCAAGGACCUGCGACCGAUACCGGAGCUGCACCUCUCCAGAGAUAACUUUCUUCAGAGGAGAGCUGAAGACACGUCUACAAUUCUGCACGGUGAAGAUGCAAGAAAAUCCCCACAUUUGCUCGAAGAAAUACACUUACCCAGAGAGCGCAUGCAGAGACGCCAAGCUUUCAGAUACACUCCCGGCGUUUUGGAGAAGGUGAACGGUUGCUCGCACGAGGACAACGUGGACGGCAGCCCCGAGAGCCCAGUGCCGCCGCGUCUGGCCAAAACCAGCAGCUCCGAGUGGAACAGCUCCGACGACCUCACGGGGCCCUAUUCAGAACAAGAGGAGCGCAUUACGGCCCUGAACUCGUUCACACCAAACUACCGGCCGCCGCUGGCGCCAAAACCAGCAAGCUCCGUGCGGUCAGAUCUCUCCGGCAUCUCCGCGCACCCCCCAUCGGAUCCCCCAAGAAACGGCUUCAGCCACACCAGCCUACGCCGCUGGAUCGAGACGCCCGCAGAGCACCGCCUCUCGUCAGACGCCAGCUCCAAAUCCUCGGAUCAGGACCGGACCGAUCUGUCGACGAGCGAGAGCGAGAGUCCGACCACGGGCGGCCCCAACGGCACAGACUCGCCCACACUCGGCGACGUGACGCUGCCGACCACCUACUUCUCUGUGGACAGUUGUAUGACGGACACUUACCGCGCCAAAUAUCACAAGAAGUCGUACGCGAAGGCGGAGGAGCACACGUCGUCAGGGGAGAGCGACCUGGAAGUGAGGGGCGUGGCGGCGCCAGAGUCGAGGAACAGAGCAGAAUCAGGCUAUUCCUCGAAAACCAUUUUAAAGUGGAACCCGGUGACUCCCAGAGGCCUGGACGAACACGGCUUCCUAUGA